GCUGCAUUGCAAGGGCCAAAGAAGAGAGAGGGAAAGUGCCCCCCCACCCGCGGUUCUCCACCCUCCUUCUAAGAACCACGAAGCCCUGCACAGGGCUGCGGUGCAGAAUCCAAACCCGGCGCUUAGCGAAUCAAAAAAAGGGGGCGGGGGUUUAAUGGGAAAAAGUCAUUUCCUGACCGCCCCUUUCCCAGAAGCGGCCUUUGGAGCGUCCUGGGGCUUCGGAGGGGGGCUGCGAUGCAAGACCCAAGGCCGAGAUAAAGGAAGGCAGAAUGAAAUACACCGUUGAUGCCUUCUUUGCUCCCUCCUUCGUGUGGUGAAGGGAGAAGAGCCGCCAUGCAGCCAGCUCAGGGUGGGGUGUCCUUUGAAGAGGUGGCUGUGUAUUUCUCCCAGGGGGAGUGGGCCCUGCUGAGCCCAGCCCAGAGAGCUCUCUACAAGGAAGUCAUGCUGGAGAAUUUUGGAAACGUGGCCUCUCUGGGAUCGCAGGUUGCCAAACCUGACCUCGUAUGCUGGCUGGAAGGGGAGGAAGAGCUGCUUCCCCUGACCUCUGAUGAAGAGGAGGGAUUGGCAGGAAGCUGCUCAGGUCUAUCUUGGGAUUGUGUGCGGCCUUCCAAAGGAGGCGUCUGUGAGAUGGCAAAUGAAACAAAAGAGCAGCCAGUGGUGGAGAAAGAGGAUAUAUACCUCCAUCUGAAAGACAACAUUGAGCAUCCUGAUAAAGAGAGGAAGGAUGGGGGGAAAUACCCACCCAAACAGAGGACAACGUCUAGUCAUUCACAGGAUAAGCAUUCUAAGCAGCAAAAAAUAUACAAAGAUAAUAGGAAUGAGAACAUUGCAAGAGGGGAAAAUGUUCCAGAAAAAUCAGAUGCUAAUGUUCUACAUAAAACCUAUAACAGGAAAAAAAUAUAUAAAACUGUAGAGUGUGGGAAAAGGUUCAAUCACAGUGAAACCCUUAUUUCCUGUCUAAGAGUUCACACAGGGGAGAAAACAUAUAAAUGUCUGGAGUGUGGGAAAGGGUUCAGGCACUGUAGACCACUUACUGUCCAUCAAAGAAUUCACACAGGGGAAAAACCAUAUAAUUGUCAGGUGUGUGGGAAAACAUUCAGGCACAGUGCAACUCUUACUGUUCAUCAAAGAGGUCACUCAGGGAAGAAACCAUAUAAGUGCCUGCAGUGUGGAAAGAGCUUCAAGGAAAGCGGAAAACUUACUGUCCAUCAAAGAAUUCACACAGGGGAGAAACCCUAUAAAUGUCUGACGUGUGGGAAAAGAUUCAGGCACAGUGGAGAGCUUAAUGUUCAUCACAGAAUACACACAGAGGAGAAACCAUAUAAAUGUUUAGAAUGCGGGAAAAGAUUUAGGCAGAGUGGAAAUCUUACUGUCCAUCAAAGAGUUCACAUAGGGGAGAAACCAUAUAAAUGUUUGGAAUGCGGGAAAAGAUUCAGGCAGAGUGGAAAUCUUACUGUCCAUCAAAGAGUUCACAUAGGGGAGAAACCAUAUAAAUGUUUGGAAUGUGGGAAAAGAUUCAGGCACAGUGGAAAUCUUACCAUCCAUGAAAGAAUUCACACAGGGGAGAAACCCUAUAAAUGUCUUCAGUGUGGAAAAAGCUUCAAGGUAAGUGGGAAACUUACUGUUCAUCAAAGAGUUCAUACAGGGGAGAAACCCUAUAAGUGCCUGCAGUGUGGAAAAAGCUUCAAGGAAAGCGGAAAACUUACUGUCCAUCAAAGAAUUCACACAGGGGAGAAACCCUAUAAAUGUCUGGCGUGUGGGAAAAGAUUCAGGCACAGUGGAGAGCUUAAUGUCCAUCACAGAAUUCACACAGAAGAGAAACCAUAUAAAUGUUUGGAAUGCGGAAAAAGAUUCAGGCAGAGUGGACAUCUUACUGUCCAUCAAAGAGUUCACAUAGAGGAGAAACCAUAUAAAUGUUUGGACUGUGGAAAAAGAUUCAGGCAGAGUGGAAAUCUUACUGUCCAUCAAAGAAUUCACACAGGGGAGAAACCCUAUAAAUGUCUGGAGUGUGGGAAAAGAUUCUGGCACAGUGGAAAGCUUACUGUCCAUCAAAGAAUUCACACAGGGGAGAAACCCUAUAAAUGUCUGGAGUGUGGGAAAAGAUUCAGGCACAGUGGAGAGCUUAAUGUCCAUCAAAGAAUUCACACAGAAGAGAAACCAUAUAAAUGUUUGGAAUGCGGAAAAAGAUUCAGGCAGAGUGGAAAUCUUACUGUCCAUCAAAGAAUUCACACAGGGGAGAAACCUUAUAAAUGCCUUCAAUGUGGAAAAAGCUUCAAGGAAAGUGGAAAACUUACUGUCCAUCAAAGAGUUCACACAGGGGAGAAACCAUAUGAGUGCCUGCAGUGUGGAAAAAACUUCAAGGAAAGUGGAAAACUUACUGUCCACCAAAGUGUUCACUCAGGGGAGAAACCAUAUCAGUGCCUGCAGUGUGGAAAAAGCUUCAAGAGCAAUGGAAAACGUACUGUCCAUCAAAGACUUCACACAGAGGAGAAACCAUAUAAAUGUUUGGAAUGUGGGAAAAGAUUCAGGCAGAGUGGACAUCUUACUGUCCAUCAAAGAGGUCACACAGGAGAAAAACCCUAUAAAUGCCUGGAAUGUGGAAAGAGCUUCAGUCGCAGUGGAAGCCUAAUUUCCCAUCAAAGAAUUCACUCAGGGGAGAAACCGUAUAAAUGUCUGGAGUGUGGGAAAAGAUUCAGGCAGAGUGGAGAACUUACUGUUCAUCAAAGAGUUCACACAGGGGAGAAACCAUAUAAAUGCCUGCAUUGUGGAAAAAGCUUCAAAGAAAGUGGAAAACGUACUGUCCAUCAAAGAAUUCACACAGGGGAGAAACCAUAUAAAUGUCUAGAGUGUGGGAAAAGAUUCAGACAGAGUGGAGAUCUUACUGUCCAUCAAAGAAUUCAUACAGGGGAGAAACCAUAUAAAUGCCCAGAGUGUGGAAAAAGUUUCAGUAACAGUGGAGCUCUUCCUGUCCAUCAAAGAAUUCACACAGGGGAGAAGCCAUAUGAAUGUCUUAAGUGUGGAAAAAGUUUUGGUGAGUGUCGAAAACUGAAGUCCCAUCAAAGAACUCACACAGAGGAGAAACCAUAUAAGUGCCUACAGUGUGGAAAAAGCUUCAAGGAAAGUGGAAAACUUGCUGUCCAUCAACAAAUUCACACAGAAAAACCAUAUAAAUGUCUGGAGUGUGGGAAAAGAUUCCGGCAAAGUAGAGAUCUUACUGUUCAUCAAAGAAUUCAUACAGGGGAGAAACCAUAUAAGUGCCUGCAGUGUGGAAAAAGCUUCAAGGAAAGUGGAAAACUUACUGUCCACCAAAGAGUUCACACAGGAGAGAAACCAUAUAAGUGCCUGCUGUGUGAAAAAGCCUUCAGGGAAAGUGGAAAACUUACUAUCCAUCAAAGAGUUCACACAGAGGAGAAACCAUAUAAAUGUCUGGAUUGUGGGAAAAGAUUCAGGCAGAGUGGAGAUCUUACUGUUCAUCAAAGAAUUCACACAGAGGAAAAACCAUAUAAAUGUCUGGAGUGUGGGAAAAGAUUCAGGCAGAGUGGAAACCUUACUGUCCAUCAAAGAAUUCACAAAGGGGAGAAACCCUAUAAAUGCCCAGAGUGUGGAAACAGCUUCAGGCAGAUUGGAAACCUUAAAUCCCAUCAAAGAAUUCACAAAGGGAAGAGAGCAUAGAAAUGCUCAGAUUGGAUCCCUAUGAAUAUUCUGCAGUGGUGGAGAAAAAAAAAUUGUCACUCUGUGAGGCCCAGGAUUCAUAGGGAGUACACAGCAUCUGUGGUGACGCUCACCAGUCCCCAAGCAGUGCCCAAUGACAUCCCUCUAAGUGGCAGAAACAAGCAGCGCCAACCAGUGCUUUCCGGUGCAGCCACAGCCCUUCCACCCACCCCCACCUCCUCCCCACUGAAUCUACAGAGGACAGUCAGGGAAGGCACAGUCACUGCAAAGCCCCAAAAGAGGAGUGUGAAGUCUCUCGGAGGAGCCAAUACUCUUCAGUACACCCCCACAGAUGAAUCAUGCAGGGUUGCCAACCUCCAGGUGGGACCUGCAGUUCUCGCAGAAGUAUACCUGAUCUCCCGGCCAUAGAGACCACUUCCCCUGGAGGAAAUGACAGCUUCAUAAAGUGGACCCUAUGGCAUCACCAUCUUGUUGUGUUUCUUCCAAAACUCUUGCCUUUCCAAGAAUCACCCCAAAUCUCCAUGAAUGUCUCAAACUAAAGCUGGGAGUUUCCUACUCACAACACUUCCGAUUUUGCCUCUACCUAUCAGGGUUAUGGGGGGGGGGAUGCUAUAUGACAGCAUCCCAACAAAGUCUUUAAUAUCUCCUCACACACCAUCCACCAGGGAAAGAGCACACAUGUGUCAAGUGUGAUAUGUGGGUCUAGGCCACUGGGGGGCAGGAAUGGCAGCCCAAAGACAAAAAGGCCACCCAGUCUCCGGGCAGCAGCUUGACUGGCAGCAUAAGGCAGAGUCCAGGCUCAAACUCAUGGUCACCACACCAAGACUGGCACCCUUACUACCUGGCCAGCCAAGCCCAUGCAAAGGAGGAAAAGUGUUGGGCCAUAGGCAUUCAUCACCCCAGCAAUAUGAGGCCAGGACAAAGAAAUGGGUGGCUCACUGAAAAAACAUUUGAAUUGUACCAAAGGUCACUGGUUUGAUGGCCACAUGGGGAAAGACUAAAGCCAGGCUGAUGUUCUGCCACUGCAACCCUCAGAAGGGGAGACAGGAUGGCCCAGUUGACCGCCACACCAGACAGCCCUCAUUUUGUCUAACAAACCCUGCAUGGCACG